CUAUCACUCUCUCGCCAUCCCCUUUUCAUUAAAUUAACCGCCUUUCUGCCUCUCCAUCGCACUCAUCUUGCCGGUCGCCACAUCGCACUAUCGUUGAUGGUUUACGGCUCAUAGCCCGUCGACGGUAUAUGUUCCUCGCGUUCUGGCGCGCUUGGCAGGAACACACAAGACUUUUUAGAUUCGACUUCGCUCUCAGAUAGCAUGCCUCCCAAUCUGUGUGGUCUUGGGAGGUUAGGGAUGGCGGGCGUGGCGCAAUUGAAGGGCAUGAAUCGUUGAGCUGAUACUGGUCGCAUAUCGCAUCGGCAAAUACUGGAGAGAUUGGAGAAACGGGCUGGCUAGGAAAGAGCUGUUUCUCUUGAGCUAUCUGGAUAGCUUAUAUGCGGCUUCGUCCCAGGCUCUGCUUCUGUGAUCUCCAUCAGCAUAACCUCCGUUGUAUACCACGGGAAAGGGCUAUCGGCAUUGAUCGGCUAUGGGUUUCCUCACUCAAGCACUCGUGCUCCUUGCCGGUGCGUCCCUCCUCACGCCUGGCCUCGCCCAGGACACAUAUGACUACGUCGUCGUCGGUUCGGGCCCCGGUGGCGGCCCACUAGCGUCAAACCUCGCCCGCGCAAACUACUCCGUCCUGCUCAUCGAAGCUGGAGACCAAACCGCACAAGGCCCUGGGCAGUACCCGCCACAAGUGACAUGGGACUUCUUUGUCAAGCACUAUGCCGACGAGAAGAAGAACAUGAUGAACAACCAUCUCGUGUGGAAGACGAGUCAGGGCAGGUAUUGGGUAGGCGCGGGCAAUAGUUCGCCGCCUGCCAACAGCAAAUUCCUUGGCGUAUACUAUCCCAGGGGCUCCACGGUUGGCGGAUCAAGCAUGAUCAAUGCCAUGUGCACAUGGUUGCCUGCCGACAGUGACUGGAACUACAUACAAAACAUUACUGGGGAUGCAUCAUGGAAUGCGGACAAUAUGCGCAAGAUCUUCCAGCGCAUCGAGAAAAACAACUACCUCCCCGCUGGAACCGCAGGGCACGGCUUCGACGGCUACUUCCAAACAAACAUGAACAAGCCCACAGGUAUUGCUCAGCCCGUCCUCGGCAUAAUUCAGGCCAUCGCUCAGAACUUCUCCGUGUCCACCGCCCAGUCCGAUAUCACGUCCAUGAUGGGGUCUGAUGCGAACUUCCUCGACCCACAACGUGAUUGGAAGACGGGCAUCUAUGGAUUGCCGAUGCACACCAAGGCGAGUGGAGAGCGCUACAGCUCUCGAGAUUACGUCUUGGAUACCAUCAAGGGCAAGUUCCCAUUGACGUUGAGCAUGAACAGCCUUGCUACCAAGGUGCUGUUCGGCAAUGGCACGUCUUGCGGCGGGAAGCCACGAGCCAUAGGCAUUGAGUACCUGCAGGGCAAGAGUCUAUACAAAGCCGAUGCCCGGUACAGCGAAUCCAACAAAGGCACGGUGAAGACCGCCACCGCCCGCAAGGAAGUCAUCCUCUCUGGCGGAACUUUCAACACCCCUCAGCUGCUCAUGCUUAGCGGCAUAGGACCCAAAGAGCACCUCGCCGAGUUCAACAUCCCUGUACGCGUCGACGCCCAAGGUGUAGGAAAGAACAUGCAGGAUAAUCAAGAAAUGCCCAUCAUCGGACAGUUCUCCGGCCAGGCCACUGGCGGUUUCACACAACCCAUCAUCAUGAUGAAGACCAAACACUCCCCGGAUGGUGAACGCGACAUGUUCAUCAUGCAAGGCACCUUCGCUUUCCGCGGCUUCUGGCCGUCCAAUCAGACAAACAAUGCUUUACCACAAGACGGAGCGAACACAUACGGUAUCAGCAUGGUGAAGAAUCACCCUCAGAACAAGAAGGGCUAUGUCAAAUUGCUCUCCGCGAGCCCGCAAGACACGCCUGAUAUCAACUUCAUGCACUACGAAGAAGGCGCGGAGACGGAUAUGGGGGCCAUGAAAGACACCAUCGCUUGGGCUCGAAAGAUCUACGCUGCUGCCAAAGGUGUAACCGUCACUGCCAAAGAGCCUCCAUGCCCAGCGGGUCCAGAUGCACAGGGCUAUUGCGGUAAAGCGGACGAGGAUUGGAUAACUGGACAGACGUUUGGUCAUCAUCCUACCUCGACGGCGGCGAUUGGGAAAGAUGGCGACCCAAUGGCGGUGUUGGACAGUCGAUUCAGGGUGAGAGGAGUGAAGGGGCUUCGGGUUGUGGAUGCUUCCGUUUUCCCGCGCAUUCCUGGUGUGUUCCCGGUCGUAAGCACCUUUAUGCUAAGUGAGAAGGCAAGUGACACGAUGAAGGAAGACGCCGAUAAGGAUGUGUGUGCUGCUUAGGCUUCGACGUAGGGCUACGCGUAGACCUCUAUUGGUUACAAAACGUACAUAAAGAUAGCGAGAGCCGGUAAAACAAGCAUACCCGUUCCUAGUAGUGUACUGUGCCG